GCUUCUCUGAUUUCGCCGUUUUUUCUAGUCGAUUCAAAAGUUCACUAACGACUUAUUGCUUUUCCGGUGAAGAAAUGACGCCGGAAGCUACGGAGACGGAGCGAUGGUGCGUCGUCACCGGUGGUAGAGGAUUCGCGGCGAGGCAUCUUGUUGAAAUGCUCGUACGCUACGAAAUGUUCAGCGUCCGCAUCGCCGAUUUAGCUCCGGCGAUAAUGCUUGAUCCUCAUGAAGAGAACGGAGUUCUCGACGAAGGAUUAAGAUCUGGUCGUGUUCAAUAUAUCUCCGCUGAUCUUCGAGAUAAAUCUCAAGUCGCUAAAGCUUUUCAGGGAGCUGAGGUGGUGUUUCACAUGGCAGCUCCAGAUUCUUCUAUCAACAAUCAUCAGCUUCAGUACUCGGUGAAUGUUCAAGGGACACAAAAUGUGAUUGAUGCUUGUGUUGAUGUUGGAGUAAAGAGGCUUAUUUACACUAGCUCUCCUAGUGUUGUCUUUGAUGGUGUUCAUGGUAUUUUGAAUGGUAGUGAAUCAAUGGCUUACCCAAUUAAGCACAAUGACUCAUAUUCAGCAACUAAAGCUGAAGGAGAAGAAUUGAUCAUGAAGGCGAAUGGGAGAAAUGGACUACUCACUUGUUGCAUACGUCCAAGCAGUAUAUUUGGUCCCGGUGAUAGAUUAUUGGUUCCCUCACUUGUUGCUGCUGCUAGGGCUGGAAAAUCCAAGUUUAUUAUAGGUGAUGGGAAUAAUCUCUAUGAUUUCACUUACGUUGAGAAUGUUGCUCAUGCCCAUGUUUGUGCUGAGCGUGCUCUAGCUUCAGGAGGAGAUGUUUCUACAAAAGCUGCUGGACAGGCAUAUUUCAUUACCAACAUGGAGCCAAUUAAAUUUUGGGAGUUUAUGUCACAGCUCCUUGAAGGACUUGGUUACGAGAGGCCAAGCAUAAAGAUCCCUGCAUUUGUCAUGAUGCCGAUAGCGCACCUGGUUGAACUCACAUAUAAAUUGUUGGGACCAUAUGGGAUGAAAGUACCACAACUAACACCUUCAAGAGUUAGGCUUCUCUCGUGCAGUAGAACUUUCGACUCUACAAAAGCAAAGGAUCGGCUUGGCUAUGCUCCUGUGGUGCCACUUCAGGAAGGUAUACGGAGGACGAUAGACUCAUUCUCGCACCUAACAGCUGGAAGUCAAUCUAAAAGAGAGGGCCCAUCCAAGGCUUCUAGGAUCCUUGGAGGCGGAAAGGUUGCUGAUACACUUCUCUGGAAGGAUUUAAAGCAGACUCUCAUUGCCAUAUUCAUUCUAAUCAGUAUCUAUUAUAACUUUGUUGCAACUGGGUCUACUGUUGUAACUGCUCUUUCGAAGGCUCUAUUGGUAGCAUCGGUAUUUUUGUUCCUCCAUGGCAUUCUACCAGAGAAAAUAUUUGGUUAUACAGUUGAAAAGAUUCCUGCAUCGCAGUUUCACCUCUCGAAAGACUCAUCACAAGACCUCUCAUUGUCAGUGAUCUCUUCAUGGAACACCACUGUAAAAGCUUUAAGAUCUCUUUGCCAGGGGAAUGAUUGGAGCUUCUUUUUCAAGGUGGUCUUGGUUUUGUUAGCAUUGAGUUUGGCUGGAGCCAUAUCUCUUCACAGCAUAUUUGUUAUAGGACUGCCCAUUGCCUUCAUUGCUUUUCUCGUGUACGAAAAAAAGGAGCAAGAGAUUGACUCAAUAGUGGUGAGUUUUAAAUCUUUCGCAUGCAAGCGGAAAUCUGAUGUGUAUGAGAAACUGUUCGGAAGCAAGAAACAUGACUAAGAACCCUUUUCUCUCUGCUUAGCAUUUGUACCAUUCUUUUGUUUCCAACGACCUGUCACUCUGGUUUGAGCUUUUUCAGGUAUUAUUAUUUGUGAAUCUCUUUUACUGAUUUUCUAAGUGGUCUUUGGUAACAUGCUUGGAGGAAAAUGGAUGUUGCUAGCUUGCUUGGUUUGCGAGAUGCCUAUUAAGUCCCCAGCAUUUGUCCUCUAACAUGAAAGUAAGCAUUAAAAAUCGGAUGAAUUU